GGCGUCCCAGGGUCUUUCAGCCAGGAGCACAGGAUUUCAGAGAGACAACAGAAACCUCGAGAGCCCUCCCUCCCCUACAAGAGACUAGAUCUCCCCUCACAUCCUAGCUUCUGUCCCUGCCAAAGUGCCUAUGCUCUUCUGCCCUUCCACCCUUCCCACAAGCCUACCAAGCGUUAUCCGCCUAUGACUCGUGAAAACUACAACUUCCAGAGCUCCCUGCACGAGGCUCUCGGCUUCAAGUCAGGUGGUUCAGGUCAGGUGACAGCUGGCCCCGCUUUAACACAAAGUCAGCGGAGCCCAAAGAGUCCCUUACAUUCUUAAGCGGUAUCUGGUACAAGAUUGCUGCUUUCUCGGUGAAGUUCGUCCACCAGGCCUGGGAAGCUGUCAGUUCUGAGAAAGCAAAGAACAUGAUGAAGAAUUGGCUGCUUAUUUUGACCCUUUUCCUCUUGAAGUUCACAGAGAAAUGUGAGUCUACUGUCAGUCUCACUGCUCCUCCCACUGUGAAGCUGGAAAAUGGUACUUCAACCAACGUCAGCAUCACCACUGGGACUUAAAAAAAGAGUGGUCCAAGUCCAGGGCCUCAGAGCAGGGUCCCAGAGUCAAACAUGUACAGAGCCUGGAUGGAACAUGAGCUCUUCCCUCUGGAAAGGAGGUCACAGGCAUCCACUAAAUGUAACCUUGGUGAUCACUUUUGAAAUCACAUUUAGUUCAAAAAAUCUUACUAUUGUGGAGCUUCCUGAUGAAGUUAUAGUGCCUCGCGGAGAGAAAAAUGCCUCUUUCCAAGUGACUUCUCAAAAUAUUGGACAAGUGACUGUUUUUCUGCAUGGAAAUCAUUCCAACCAGACCUGCCCCAGGAUCCGGUUCAUGGUGAUACACAGCAGGAUUGUUAGCAUCAUAAACCAGGUGAUUGGCUGGAUCUACUUCGUGGCCUGGUCCGUCUCCUUCUACCCACAGGUGAUCCAGAACUGGAGACGGAAAAGUGUCAUUGGUCUCAGCUUUGACUUCUUAGCCCUGAACUUGACAGGCUUCGUGGCCUACAGCGUUUUCAACAUCGGCCUUUUGUGGGUGCCCUACAUCCAGGAGGAGUUUCUCCUCAAAUACCCCAAUGGUGUGAACCCUGUUGACAAUAACGACGCCUUCUUCAGCUUGCAUGCAGUCGCCCUCACCCUGAUUGUCAUCCUGCAGUGCUGCCUGUAUGAGCGAGGCAACCAGCACGUGUCAUGGCCCUCCAUUGGCUUCCUGGUACUUGCAUGGCUCUUUGUCUUAGUCACCAUGAUUGUGGCUGCAGUCGGUGUCACUACAUGGCUACAGUUCCUCUUCUGCUUCUCCUACAUCAAGCUCAUCAUCACACUGAUCAAGUAUUUCCCACAGGCCUACAUGAACUUCUACUACAAAAGCACCAAGGGCUGGAGCAUUGGUGGUGUGCUCCUGGAUUUUACAGGGGGCAGCUUUAGCCUCCUCCAGAUGUUCCUCCAGUCUUACAAUAAUGACCAAUGGACAUUGAUCUUCGGAGAUCCAACCAAGUUCGGACUUGGCGUCUUCACCAUCUUCUUUGAUGUUGUCUUCUUCAUCCAGCACUUCUACUUGUACAGAAAGAAACCAGGGUAUGACCAGCUAAACUAGAAUCAGAGACCCGGUAUAAACAGCCAGGGCCUGGGCCCUGGUAAGAAAGGUUGUGUCCAGCAAAGGCCAGAGAAACAGCUGGUGCACAGGGCUGGAACAGUGUGCCAACAGAGAAGCACUCUCUUCUUCAAGGGCCAAAAGCCUUAAGCUCAGCCUGCCUGCCUGCCUUGCUCCAGGCCCCUCCUGAGCCAUAGAGGACUCCCUCUCUGGAACAGACACCUGCCUCUGCUUGAGACUCAAAGCCAGACUUCGGGCGAUCUCUCCCAACUUAAAGUCCCAGCCCUCCUGCGUCUUGAUAUGCCAUCUCUCUUUCUUUACGGCUUCAGGCAGCACACACAGGUCCCGACAGCCAUGCCAGCCAGAACUGGGCAUCAAGUUUGCAGCUGAUGGUCUCACCCCAAAGCACCAAUAUUUCUGGGAGCAGCUUGAAAGGCUAACCUUGCAACUGGGAGAGCCAAAGGUGCUUUGUUCCACCAGUGUUCACAGGAAACAAGCAGCCAGGUGCUGUGGCCAAUGGACUUGAAGGUGCUGAUGCUGGUGGUGGAAGGGAGAGGACUGUGGGAUUAAGCUUUGGGGUUCUCUCUCUCAGGGUCACUUCACUUAUCAUUCUAUAUAACUCUGCUCCAAUAACUGCAGAACAAGUGGCCCAGGCCAGUGACUGGUAAAGUAUAUUUCUGAUCCCUGCCAGAUUGGUCUGAAGUGGACCAAUACUUGCUGCCCUCUGGAUCUUUGCGCACAUAAGAUACCACAGUAACUUUCUAAUUUUUUUUUUUAACCCUCAAGGGAUAUUUUAAAAUGGCUUUUCUUUUGCCCUCUUUCCUACCUCUACUUUCUGAGCGUCAGAUGGAACACCAUCUGAGUACCCACACUCCUAACCUUACACCUAUGGAGCAGGUACUCAGGACCAGCCUGUGCCUUAGAAGCCCAUCAGUCAAUCAAUCCAUCAGCAAGCUCCCCGGACGGGAAGGGAGGCCUCCUUCCCCGGCCCCAGCUGUUGAGGAGCUCCAGAGUACAGACCCUCACCUCCUGUAUUGCUUUUGGUUUUUGGUCCCACCCUGAUCCCACACCUCCUUAUCCCAAGUUAUCCUUCCUAUGCCAGAUAGGGAAGGAACUGGUGCGCCUUGAGUUCAUCAACCUGCUCCUUUUGUUUUUUAUAAGACUAAUGUCAAGGGAUCCUUGUAUGUCUUUCUUUUGUAUUUUGUUUUGUUUUGUUUUGUUUUGUUUCAUUUUGGUGGUGCAUGUGUCCUUAAUUAAAAGACAGCUUGUUUCCUA